AUGACCUCUGAUUCAAGUCCUAUUGGUCACGAGUUGGUGGCUGAAUGUGCUGCUCCAACAGAAGAAGAAACCAAUCAAACCAUUAGUGCCAAUGCAUCAGAAGAAGAAGAAGAAACCACUGCUGCUGGUCCGAGAGGGAAGAAGAGAAAAUGUGAUCGGACUCCGAAAGUUUCAAAGAGAAAGAGGGAGAAGAAAGCUCCAGUACGUUCAGAAGUUUGGGAGCACUUCACCAAGUUUGAUCAGCCACUAAUCGAGGUGGUCGAUGGAGUGGAAACGGUUGUUGGGAGCACAAAACGAGCUCAAUGUAAGUAUUGCCCUACCCAUCUAGCAUGUGAUUCUAGAGAGAAUGGCACUAGCUCACUUAGGAAACACAUCGAGCUUAUUUGUAAGGGUUAUCCAUGCAGAGUUAAUUUAGAGGAGGGACAACAAAUUUUAAGUACUGAUAUGGUGGAUGGGAAGCCUAGUUUAACUAGUAGGACUUGGAGUCAGGAUGCUUGUGUAGAUGCUGCUACUAGAAUGAUAGUGAUAGAUGAGCUUCCUUUCAGUGCCAUUGAAAGGCCUGGAUUUAGGCACUUUUGUGAAGUUGUUGUUCCUAGAUUUGAGGUGCCAUGUAGGAAGGUUAUUGUCAAGAAUUUUUUGAGGAUGUAUGAAGCAAAAAAGAGUGAGUUGAAAGCUGAAUUGCAGUCCCAUUGUGUCUGUUUAACAACAGAUACAUGGACUAGUUGUCAAAACAUCAAUUACAUGGUCAUCACAUCCCAUUUUAUAGACUAUGGUUGGGAAAUGCACAAAAGAGUUUUAAAGUUUUGUGUAAUUCCAAACCAUCAUGGCAACACUAUUGGUAAAAUAUUAGAGAAUGCCUUGAUUGAGUGGACAAUUGAUAGAGUUUUGACAAUUAGUGUAGACAAUGCAGCUGCAAAUGGGGUUGUUAUUGAGUACAUUAGGAAGAAAAUGUUAACUUGGGAUAGGAAGCCAAUUUGUGGAGGCAAGUUUAUGCAUGUGAGAUGCUUAGCUCACAUUGUGAAUUUAAUUGUGAGGUCUGGUUUGCAUAUAAUGGAGAGGUCAGUAGCUUCAAUUAGGAAUGCUAUUAGGUAUGUGAGGAGUUCUCAGGCUAGAACAGAUGCAUUUAAGGUUUGUAUGGAACAGACCAAGGUAGAGUGUAAAAAAAUUUGCAUUUUGGAUGUUCCAACAAGGUGGAAUUCCACCUACCUGAUGUUGGACACAGCUUUGGAGUUGAGGAAGGCAUUUGAUAGAAUGGCAGAGGAUGAAGAUGUGAAGUACAGAAGUUAUUUUGAUGAAGAAGAAGAAUUAGAAGAGGAGGAGGAUGAUCAAGUUGUAGACAGGUCUAGAACACCAAGGAAGAGGGUUGGGCCACCAAAGGAUGAAGAUUGGGAGAUGGCUGAAAUUUUUGUGAAUUUUCUUAGAGUUUUCUAUCAAGUCACAGUGAAUGUGAGUGCUUCACUGCACCCUACUUCACAGUUGGCUUUCCAUGACAUUGUAGCCAUUAAGGCUGAGAUCGAUGAUCUGUUUUGUAAGCCAAUAGAUGGAGAGUCAACUGAGACUGAUAAGCUGCUAUUUCAGAUGGCAAACAAGAUGAGAAAAAAGUAUAGCAAAUACUUUGAUCAGUUAGACGACAUCAAUCAGCUUUUUCUUGUAGCAGUUGUGUUGGAUCCUAGGUACAAGCUGAGGUACUUUGAAUUCAAUUGUGAUAAUAUGCUUGGGUUAGAUAGGUCAGAGAUCAAAAGGAGGUCAAAUGAUGUGAAAGAGCUGUGGGUUAACCUCUGUGACCUAUAUGCAGCAUCAAUGGGUGCACAAGGUUCACAAAAGUCAAGAAGUGGAGAGAGUACAGCUAUGGUUACGAGCAGCAGCAGUAAAAGUCAGAAAACUAAGGGAAGAGUUACUGGGAAAAGGAAGGUUAUGCUUGAAGAUUGGAAUAGACAACUUGAAGAAGGUGAUCAGGUGGUGGUUGGACAUGAAGUUGAUAGAUAUUUGCUUGACCCGAUAGAAAAGCCUAAAGAAGGUGAAGAUUGGAAGAUUUUGCUUUGGUGGAAGCUUAAUGGCAGUAAAUAUCCUAACUUGCAGGCUCUUGCUAGGGAUGUACUACCCUUUCAAGUCUCCACAGUGGCUAGCGAGUCGAGUUUUAGUACUGGAAAAAGGGUUAUGGACCCAUAUAGGAGCUCACUGACUCCAAAAUCUGUAGAAGCACUGAUCUGCCUUCAAAAUUGGCUUAAGUCAGAUAGUAUUGUGGGGUUGGAAUAUAUUCCAACCAUUGAAGAAAUGGAGUUUUAUGAAAAAGUGGAGCAAGAACAAGCUGAUGAAGAGAGGAAAAGAAAAGAGCAAGCUCAAAAUGCAAGUGCUUCGAAGACAGCAAGGGAUCCAAAGACAGCAAGGGAUUCAAAGGCUGCAAAGAUUCCCAAGACAUCAGAUGCAACAAAGUCUUCUAAGAUUUCCAAGACAUCAGAUGCAACAAAGUCUUCUAAGACUUCUAAGCUUUCCAAAUCCAAAAAAUGA